GCAGCGGCGGCGGGCGGGUCUCUCUCCCUCUCCGGCCGGGCGAGGCGGCGGCGCCCCCCCGCUGCCCUGCCCCGCUCUGCUGUAUGGACGAGCACCGGAGCCUGCUGCGCUCGCCGGCCGCCUCCUCCUCCAGCAGGCAUCCGCGGGGCGGCGGCAGCAGUAGCAGCCACCACAACCCGGGCUACACGGAGCCGCCGCCCCCCGAGCCCCCCCAGCCCGGCCCCGAGCAGGAGGAGGGGGAGGAAGCAGAGGAAGAGGAGGGCGGCAUGACCGUGGUGGUGGGUGGGGGGGACCCCCUGCUGGAGGAGCCCCAGCACCCCCACCCGCUGCUGGCAGGGGAACGCUACGACCACCCACCGGCCCAUGUCCCACUGCCCCCCGGCCACCACCCGGUGGGUGGCGGGGAGCACGAGUGCUGCGAGCGAGUGGUGAUCAACAUCUCGGGCCUGCGCUUCGAGACCCAGCUCAAGACCCUGGCCCAGUUCCCCCAGACCCUGCUGGGCGACCCCCGCAAGCGGAUGCGCUACUUCGACCCCCUGCGCAACGAGUACUUUUUUGACCGCAACCGGCCCAGCUUCGACGCCAUCCUCUAUUACUACCAGUCUGGGGGCCGCAUCCGGCGCCCAGUCAAUGUGCCCAUUGACAUCUUCUCGGAGGAGAUCCGCUUCUAUCAGCUGGGCGAGGAGGCUAUGGAGAAGUUCCGUGAGGACGAGGGCUUCAUCCGCGAGGAGCAGAGGCCCCUGCCCGACAAGGAGUUCCAGCGCCAGGUGUGGCUCCUCUUUGAAUACCCGGAGAGCUCCGGGCCGGCCAGAGGCAUCGCCAUUGUCUCAGUCCUUGUCAUCCUCAUCUCUAUCGUCAUCUUCUGCCUGGAGACCCUGCCUGAGUUCAGGGAUGAUCGUGACUAUGAGGGGACGGGGGGGACCUUUGGCACAAGCAGCGGCCCCUUGGCGAUGGAUGUCUUCACCAACUCCUCCUCCGCGGCUGUCUCAAUGGUAUCGUCCUUCACCGACCCCUUCUUCGUGGUGGAGACACUGUGCAUCAUCUGGUUCUCUUUUGAGUUGCUUGUCCGCUUCUUUGCCUGCCCCAGCAAGGCCACUUUUUCCAAGAACAUCAUGAACAUCAUUGAUAUUGUGGCCAUCAUCCCCUACUUCAUCACCUUGGGCACGGAACUGGCUGAGAGGCAGGGGAACGGCCAGCAAGCCAUGUCCCUGGCCAUCCUCAGGGUCAUUCGGCUGGUCAGGGUCUUUCGUAUUUUCAAGCUCUCACGACACUCCAAAGGGCUGCAGAUCCUGGGGCAGACCCUCAAGGCCAGCAUGAGGGAGCUGGGCUUGCUUAUCUUCUUCCUCUUCAUUGGAGUCAUCCUCUUCUCCAGCGCUGUCUACUUCGCAGAGGCAGAUGACCCCACCUCAGGCUUCAGCAGCAUCCCUGAUGCCUUCUGGUGGGCGGUGGUGACCAUGACCACGGUGGGCUAUGGGGACAUGCACCCAAUCACUAUUGGGGGCAAAAUUGUGGGGUCCCUCUGUGCCAUUGCUGGGGUGUUGACCAUUGCCCUUCCCGUGCCUGUGAUAGUCUCCAAUUUCAACUACUUCUACCACCGGGAGACUGAAGGCGAGGAGCAAGCCCAAUAUCUGCAUGUAGGGAGCUGCCAGCACCUCUCCUCUACGGAGGAGUUGAGGAAGGCACGUAGCAAUUCCACCCUGAGCAAGUCGGAGUACAUGGUGAUAGAGGAGGGGGGCAUCAACAACACUGCAUUCAAACAGGCUGCCUUUAAGACGGGCAACUGCACAGCUACAAACAAUCCCAAUUGUGUGAACAUCAAAAAGAUCUUCACUGAUGUUUAAAAAAAAAAAAGCCUCUGAGGAAAUGUUGAAAUAAUAAUAAUAAUGCAAAGUGACCAUGUAAUCAGUAUUGUCUGGAACAUGCAUCAUCAUUGGUCUGUGUGCGCCCUUGUCCAACACCUAUAUUUUUUAGAUCAUUCCUUUUAAAGAACAAGGAAGAGGAUUACAAAAUAAUCAGAAGAUAAGAGGAUGGGGGUGUUUGCGGAAAGAAAGAUCAGAGGACAAAAAAGAAGAACACGCUCCCCGUUGAAACAGGUGUUUUUUCUGCAACACGUUGCAGGGCUGCUUUGUGGGUUUUUUUUGUGGGCAGCCGGCCUCUUUUCUCGUUUUUGCAAAGAGUCGCUGUGUAGCCGGUUUCCCUUCCGAUCACGCACACACGCACUUGUUGGACUGAAAACCGUGAGUUGGAAGGGAAGAAAAUAUUAUAUUGCAGAGCCUGUUGGCGGGCAAGGGGAGGGCAUAACCAUUUAAUUUUGCAAAGCAUCUCUGCUACCACAUUGUUAAAUGAUGCUUAAUACUGAACGUGUGGUAUAUGUCCUUUAUGGGCACAUCUUUGAUUUCUUUUCUUCCCCAGCCAGAUCAUCUAUGAAAUUCUAAUCUCUUCAGAGACCCAAGUGUAAUCAGUUUUGAUUUAAUCAGAAAAAUGCCCCCCUUCUCUAUUCCUAAUUCCCUUCUCCCACAACUGUAUGGAAUUGUUUCAUCCAACCCAAAAUUCCUGGCUGCACGGUGUGUAUGGGGAAAUGUUCUUCCCACAUGGAAAGGUUUAACAAUUGACUAACUGAACAGCAUCCUGAGCGUUUGAACAUCCUAUCAUGCAAAUGCAGAUUGGGGAUAGUUAAGCUCCCAUUAAACCAGUAAUGGGCUUUUUGAAGUGACUCCAGCCUCAGACAAAACCUACCAAGAGCCUAGAAACAAAGAGUGGGGGUAUUUUUGUCCAUUUCCAGUGCAUCUGAGAUAAGCGUCUGCAUCUAUCACAAGAAGAUUAAAGUGACAAACGCCUUCCAGCGGAAGUUACUAAUUCGGACCUGAGUGAUGCAGUUUCCAUAGCAACCCUGGUUUCCUGGGAAACCCCAAAAGGUUGUCAUGGUAUCCCUUCGCCCCAUCCCCCUUCAUCCUGUGCUGUUUCCACAGUAACCCUUCCAGAUGGUUCCAACUUCUGUGAUUCCACGGAAAAGCCGCUGCCCUGGUAAACUGCACACACACAUACCGAGAGUUAAUCCCAGAGAGAUUUAGGAGUAGAAACUAGUUAUUAUCCUAGAUGCAUGGUUCUUUAGAUCUGAAACAUUCCUGAAGUCCUGGUACCUACCGAAUCAAGAAGCAAGAUGAUCAUCCCUGGAAUGCUGCUGCGCACAUGUGCUGAAUAAAACACCUGUUCAUAGGCAAUAAAUGCAACAAACCUCCAAAUUCCCCUCGCUAUCAAGUUAAUAUCUGGGCAGUAAAAUUGAAAAUUGAUUCUCUAUAUGCAAAUCUAUACAUCUGCUCAGAAGUUCUAGAAAGGCGAUCUCAUCCCUGACAGAAUAAACCAUACUUAAACUGAUGGUACGUGACCUAGAUUUUUCAAAAACCUCCCUCCAACUCCAAACAGCAAUUCCACUUUCAAGUGUAUACGGAACUGAACAACCAGACAGGAAACUUUAUAACACAAAAGGAUAUCAAUCUUUUGACAUUGGGGUGUGUGGAGGGGGAGUAAGCAGAGGCCUAUAAAGUGCAGGGGUGCAAAGUAACCAAAACCCUGAGGGAAAAUAUGCCUGCCUCAUCUCAUCCAAGUCAGCAGCUGCGGAACAUCAGACAGAAACAGAUUGAACACCGGAAGUUUUGACUGUCAUUUAGGAAGAAGGGAACAAAUUCAAUCAGCGUUGAUGGAUGGAUGUGAAAGCCCCGUUCUGCAGCUGACUGUGUAUGAGAGUGGGGCUCCAUGGAGCAGCGCAUCCACAUACAGUCAGGUUCAGAGUCGGGACCCAGAAGAUUGUAACAAAGAGCCCGCAAAGGAUUCAGGCAGAUUUAGUGACUGGACCCCCUAGGGGCUGUACCAUUCAGCAGAAUUAGAGAAUAGAAAUUAAACAAGGCAAUGUAUUUGCUGCUAUUCAGAUGAACAACCAGGAGCAGAACAAGGCCCAGGGUUAUUGCCAUAGUAUGGUUCAGUGGACAGAGCACUGGAUUGGGACUCAGGACAUUUCGAUUCUAUUUUCUGUGACACUGGCCUGCUUGCUGACCUUGGGGCACGAAGAUUUCAGAGGUUCUUAAAGGGAAUCUGUGCGCAAGAUGUGUUCCACUUUGCCUUAAAAAAAAAAAAAAUCCAAACACCUUGUUUUUCUUUCAAAGCUGUUAUUUACCCUGCCCAACAGAUAACAGGAGUCGUCUCAAAGUAAGAGCUACAAAAACUGUAGCUGGCCAGUAAAAUAUUUAUUAAAAGAAUCAGACACAUUGAGAAUGCAGUGACUAGUUAUAUUCUGUACUUCAUGGACUGAACUGAUGGAUGGAUGGCCUACCCUCUUAUGUAUGCAGUACUUUAAAUUCUAGUGGCAUAAAGAGUUCUACAUGUUAUCUGUGUUUUCUAACAAGUGCAUUAUGUAGAAGGGAACAUCUUUUCAGCCAGAAGAUUAUCUUCAAACCACGUGCAAUAUAAUAAUGAGACCGAACAAAGCCAGGAAAAAGCAGAAUGGGGUGGAAAGUCAUUUGGACCUUAUUUCAGCCUUUAAAAAAACAAAAACAAAACCCCACAUACUCAUGAAAGAUUAAACAACCAGACCGGAAAUGUUAAACAGAGCAGCUAAUAAACAAUCCAAAUAUUUUGUUUGUAACAAUUCAACUGCUCAUGCUGUUUUAUUUCAAAUGACUAUCACAGGCUGCGUCCAGCCACGAGAAAUGAAUGAGUCAUGUUCUAUUUUUCUGUGAAAUGUUGGUUAUAACUAGGUAUGUUCUGUACCAAAGGAAUUCCAGUUUACUCUAGCCCUAAUUACUCUAGGAGAAAACAUCAUCCACGGACGCCGAAGAGGAAGGUGUUGAAGUGUCAGCUAACAAGUUGAGCCUGGCUUUAUAAAGCAAUUCCGUUUAAAAGAAAACUGAAGUGUCCAGGCAGAUAGCUAUGGGAACUAUGCGUGACUAAUAGGGACUCUAGCAUCACCAUAAUUCACUCCUCAUUUCACAGACGUCAAUACUCCCUUUUCUACAGUAUGUUGAACUUUAUCAGGAGUGCAUAUUAUAGUAUUGGUUUAGAAUACUAUAAUAAAAAAGGAGUCCGUUAUUCAUUUAACAAUUGCUGUUUUAUUUUACAUUUGUUUGUUAUUUUCCCACUGACAUCCAAUGCACGGGGUUAAAGAGAGAAGCAGCAAAUCCGCUGAUAAAGCGGAUCCUCUCGCGUUUGGAGUGAUGUCUAGGAGACACUGCCAAUGACAAUGAUGUCAGCUAGUAGGUGAGCAAUUGCAAAGGGAAGGAGAGUGCAUCACAAAGAAUCCGUUGUUCAUUUACUGACCAUUAUGAUACUUGGUUGUUUUUGCUAGUAACACUAGUGUAUUAAAUAAGGCCCAGAUUUUAGCAUAUGGCCGAGGAGCCUACAACAUCAACCGGGGAAUGGGUGUGAAAAGAUAGUGUAAAGCUCACCUUUACACUCCUGCCCCAUCCCAGGCUGCCGGUACUCUAGUCGGUCCCGUGGUAGAAGUUAUGUUGGCUGCAAAGGCCUUAGGGUACAUCUACACAGCAAACAAACAUCAUUGGCUGGCCUGGAUAAGCUGACUCAGGCUUCCAGGGCUCUGGCUACAAAACCACUGUGUAAAUGUUUGGGCAAAAUAGCAGCUAGGGAUUGAGGAAUGCAGGGAAGUCCUGAGAACACCUCCCACACCACUGGCAGCAGGAAGCGGGGUGGCCUAGGUGCUGUUGACUGACUCUGUGCCACCAGAGUAUCCCCUACACUGGUUACACCAGCACCGGCUCUUGUGUCAGCAGCAGCACACCACAGCUGAGACGCUUGUCCAAACCCUGCUCAGGGACAUGGGACUUCAGUACAGCAUCCUCUGCUCUGAAAUCUUUGCUUGGAAGUGUGGGAAGAUGCCAUGUUGGGGUAUGAAUCUUAAGGUGUGCAGAUCAGUGAGGUACAAGUGUAAUCACUGCUUGAUGGGAAAACUAGCAAUAGGCUUUCCCCUUCUCCCCCACUAAUAUAUAUAGCGCCCAGCUGCAUUCUAAGCAAAUGAUUCGUCUCCCCGUCCAGAAACGUAGCCACCUGGGAGAUCAGAUGCGUGGGUGUGAGGUGCGCUAGCUAAUCUGCUGUGCCUAUGUUUUUCCUAGGACAGUACAGCAAAAUAGCAGUUCUCUGUACUUUCAAUGAUAGGACUUAAGCAAAGCCAAACUGCGAAGAGGCAGCCAAGCCCCAGUGCGUGGCUCUAAAAGGCUCUCUCCUGCCCACAUUUUGUUUUUGGACAUUCAUACUCCUGCAUCGCUCCAUCUGACGCUCUGCCUACAUCCGCUCAAAGCUGUACCAAACACUGACAAGUAUUUUGCACGAGGAGAAGGGUUAUGACUGCAAUGGGUUUAGAGUCUUGUACAAAAGCAAAUAUAGAUAGGGCCUGAGCCAAAGCCUAUUGAAGCCGAUGGGCUUCGGAUGAGGCUCUGCAUGGUAUUACUUAAAAAAAAAAAGUGCAUUGUUUAUUUUUAACCACAUCACGGCAGCUGUUUUCGCAGAGGCUGCUUGUCAACCCAGACUGGACUGGCUGAGACGGAGUUGGUUCUGUCUGCUGUGCAGGAUGCAGAAGCAACAGCAGAGCCACCAACACGUGAAGAAGAAAUAGCAUGAGCAGAGGCAUUGAAAACACGAGGAGUGGAGACUUUCUGUGGGGGCCGUUAUUCUCUUUUGGGUCAGUAUUCCAAGAGCAUUUGCAAUGUAUAUACAAUACAGGAAACAGAGUAAAGACCAUUGUCUAUUGUACAGUUGGCUAGAACAUGUGUCUUUCCCAGCUUUGUAACUAAUGGUAAAGUGUGCUUGGAGCGGAAGCCUACAUAUACUGUAUGUUCACUUGCAUUUCAAACCAGGAUACCAGGCAAUCAGACCAUGUUGAACAUCCCUGGGCCAGAGAAAUGCUUCCAAAUGGGACUCUAAGUCAGGAAAAACAUUUUUAAAAAAUAAACAUCCUCCCCCCCCCUCCCCCCCGGCUCUAGAAAUCAAAAAAUUUCUGUAGAGAGUUUUUGGGGCUAUGAAGUCAACCGAUUGACCUGUUUCACUUUGCACUAGAGCUACGAAGAGGAAUCAAACUAAAGUUAAUUUCUUCAAAACCUUGGGUUUGGGCUGGAUCGACAGGGGCCUGUUUGUAGUUCACAAUUGCCACCCUGGUCUGAUUGUGAGGCCUGGCUGGUGUAAGAUCCUCCUAAUGCUCAAUUUAUAAAAUUAGCAGUUGGGGGCAGGGAAUAACUUCCUUGAAGGGACACUGCUAAGUUUGUUUAGGCCUCAAAACUUAUCUACCUGAAAAUUGUCCAUGCCUUUAAAAACAAAAAACAAACAAACACAGAAACAAACCUUGCUGCCCCCCCCAAAUUCUUUUCUUGAAUUCUUCUCUUCCCUCCCCCAAACUAAAGAAACAUUUCUGCUAGUGUCAGCAGACCAGAGGCCACAGGGCUGAAUGCCCAUAUACUGUGACCAUCAUUCAGUAAGGCAGGUCUUCUGGUUCCUGAAAACAGUGGUAACUGGAGCUGGGAGCCUGCAUAAGGGGGAACUUGGCAGAGAGUUUGUUCAGUGCACAUGGCCCAUUAGGGGUGUGAAGGAGAGAGAAGGCUCAGAGAAUGAGCAGAACCCUUGAUCAUUGGUGGCUGAGUGGGCUUCUCCAAGUGAAAUUUUCCUGUUUUGUAGAUUAAGAUAGAGCCCUGGGGUUGAGGGGUCAGGACUUUGGAUUGAGCUAGAAGCCUGGUGGUAGCAAUGGAAGGGAAGAGGUGGCUGAACAGGAAGGGACCGUUUCUUGGGUAUAAAGCCAGGACGUAUAAGAUGGAAAGGGAAGGAGGAAGCGUUUAGGAAACUUGUGGAGUUGCUGGCACCAGUUCAAAGUCAGAAUGGCAGGAUGUUAGAACCCCCAUUGCCUUUGUACAAGUUGCUCCACAAAGCAGAAGGGAGUGGAGUCCCCAGGCCCUCGGGUUGUGUAAGGAGAAGAGAAUGAGUGUGCUGAGGGUCCAGGCAUCACACAGCCACACUGAGGUCACCACGCUGGUCCAUGCGAGUCAGGCAAACACACCAGGCCCAGACCUCCUCUCACUCACACGACCUUUACCCCAGGGCUACUCCACUGGGUUUAAUGGAACCGCUCCUGAGUCACACCUGCAUGAGAGCAGUCAGGCUGAACCCUGCAUUUUCCCCCCGAUUCACAAGAGAAGGGGUGUGGUGUAUAAAUGAAGGGUGCCAAACUGAACCCUUUUCAGUUUUUUAAAAACACUUUUGGGGUCAAUUAAGAGCUCAGUCCUGAACCCACUUGACCGCUAUUAAUUUUAAUAGGAGUUAGAGCCCUUAGCACCUUUUACAGGUAUGUGAAAACAGCUCACGGAGGGAGAGUUUCAAAAGCACCCGAGUGAUUUAGGAGCACAAGUCCCAUUGACUUUCAGCAUAACGUGUGCUCCCAAAUCUCUUAGCGGCUUUUGGGGGGGGCGGAAAAAAAAAACACUCUCCCUCUAGAGACUGAAGUCCUGCUUGUCCACAGACCAGCACGGCCUAGAGGUGAAAGGUUCUGUUUUCCAUUACCAAUCCCCAGAGGCACCCAAUCCCGGAAACUCUGCUUUACGGAUUGAGGCCUGGCAAAGUAACACAGAUAAGUACAUUUAAAAAAUAAAAAGACAUUGGGCCAGAUCCUCAGCAAAUUUAACUUCACUGAAGCUGGGCUGAUUUACACCAGGUGAGGUUCUGGCCCUUAAACUAAGCCCAUCUCCCUUUAACUUGCUCUGUAUAUUUUUUCUUCAGAUCUGUAGAUUCCCACUGGCCUUCUCUCAAGGCCAGCUCCCUCCUAUCAGAGCUAUUUGUGCAUCAGCUUCCUGACCUCAAUGAGUCCUUACAGGGUUGAAAACAAAGCCGAGUUAUGUGGCCCGAGCCUGGUACAGAACACUCCUACAGAGUGUCUCACUUGCCAUGAAGAAUCACAGGAUUCUCUGCUUCAUGUGUGUAGGACGUUUGAGACUGAAAGGAUGUAGCUUCUGUGCACAGUGGGCGGGAUUCUCAGAAAGGCCUAAGUUACUUGGUGGCUAACACCUCAUUGAAAAAAAAAAUCAGUUGUCGAAGGAUUAAGGCUGGAGAUUUUUCAAAGGGGCCUAAGUGAGCUAGGCACCCAAACCCCAUUGAAAUUCAGCGAGAGCUAGAUGCCUAACUCCCUUAGGCUGCCAAAAGGCAACAGUAAGAGGAAAUACUUCAAAGCACCUGCCAUAAUUUGACCAAAAGGAUUUGUGUCCAACACAGAGACGGUCUUACUCUGCACCCGGCCAACAUUCAAAUCAAAGGAGCGGAGGUAUGGGGGGGGGGCAGAUUCUGAUCUCAUUUCCACCAGCAUAAACUAGAGCAAGUCCACUGUCUUCAGUGGAUCUGCUUCUGAUGUAGCUGAGAUCAGAGUCAAGGGCCCCUGGCUCUUGAUUUGGUGUAAUUGACAGUCUCGCUCUCAAAUAUUAAGUAUAUGUGCUAAAAUGUUCGUUUACAGUGUUUCCUGCUGCUUAAUAUGCGUGUGGGGUUGGACUCUUGAGUCUCAAAAUGAGAUGAGCAAAGGCUUCGGCAGGUUUGAAGUGAGCCUAAAGGCACUUGUAACUAGCUCAGAAAGCACUUUUCCACCCCCGUGAACAUCCAGGAAUCGAUUGGAUUGCAAAACAAGCUGAGUACCAGUCUAGAGUCUGAUCCAGCACCUCUCAAGUCAUGUGGGUAGCCCUUGCUCACAGCAAUAAUCCUACUGACUUCAGUAAGAUUACUUACAUGAGUAAGGAGACAGAUUGGAGCCACACAUUGGCAGCAGGAAAAAUUAAUUUCCUAGAGUGCAUCUCAUCACCAACCUUGGGAAGCUCUGUGGCUACCAGUCCCAAAGGGGUUAAAUGAGUCUUAAAGGGGUUCUUUUGGAACAUUGGAAAGUAUUCCUUAAAAGACAGAGAGGAAAUCCAUUUUUAAUGGACUUGUACUUGUUUUUAUUUUUCAGUGGUGUUACUGGGUAAUUUUUAUCUGGUGUGUAUGUGUAACAUUAUACCUCAUGCAUUUGCAGUAGCAGCCCAUUUUGUGGAAGUGUCUCUCUGGUAUGGUUUGAAGUGCAUAUUUUGACUUGCAAGGUGAUUAAAAACGAGACUCGCUUUGCCUGUCGCGUUUGGGUUUGUUGAGUGAGAACGUUCCAUCAAAAACGUUCCAUUCCAAGAACAAAUCGCAAUCCCAUGUGUUUAAUGCCGUGAUGGUCUCUGUCAAGUAGCAAAUUCACCUAGUGACAGACAUCAACAGCUGAUAAAAACUUGCCAAAUUUCAUACUAUUUUCAUUACUGUACAUAGAGUUAACAAUGAAACUGACAUUCGGUAAAUGUUUUCAAGGUGUGUUCUAUGAUGUUUCGUUGGGUUGUGUUACAAGCUAGUUGUCGGUGUGCUUUUCUAACUCAUCAAGACGACUUGAUACUCUUAACUCUUCAGUGCAAUGUACUACUUGGAUAAUGCUGACUAUAGCGUUGUGCAUUUUAGGAGAAUACAUCAUUUGGAAGACAAAGGCUGUAUUGCAUUUCGCAAGUGAAGGCAAAGUAAAAGUGCACCCAGUCACGCCUUCUAAAGGCAAUUUAAUUGUGGUUGAUAUCUGCAAAAGAGCAGGAAAAUGGAGCAUCUUCAUUCUCACAAUCUGAUGCAGGCUACUCAUCUUUAGUCAUAGCCUUUCAAAACCACACACUGGGAGAUGCUGGAAGCCUAUGCAUUAUAUGUGAUCUUUAGAAAUUGGGCACCAUGCAGUUCUCCUUUGAACCCAACACAACUGUUGUCUUCUUGGAGUUUAAGGCCAGAAGGGACCAUCAGAUUAUCUAGUCUGACUUCCUAUACAUCACAGGCCACCAACACCCCCCAGCACCCACACACUAAACUCAACAACCAACAUUAGACCAAGGUAUCACAGCCCAUAGUAGUCUAGAUUAUUAAUAAACGUAGGGUCCAAUCCUCCAGCCCUGAGCUAUGGACUUCAAUAAGGCUGCUCAUCUGAGUACAGGAACAAUCUUGCUGCCCUAUAUUGGUUGGUAUGGGGUGUGAGCCUUUCUUCUCCAAUAGGCAACAUGAAAGCAUUGAGAGGCAGUGUCACUGGGGGGGGGGGGGGGCGCUUAGAGUCAGGACUCCUGGGUUCCAUUCCCUGCCUCAUCAGCAAUUCACUUUUGGCCUGGUCCUGUUUCCACUUAUGCCAACAAUCAAGCUCCCAUUGACUUUAAUGACACAGAAUUAAGCCCUUUGGAAAAGAGCUAAAUUCCUCAUAUAUACUCAGAGGUAUAAUACUUUACAAAUGUUAAUUAAAACUUAACAUAAAGCUCAUUAAUAUCCUUGGAGAAAAAAAUGUUCUGUGUACAAAAGAGUCAAUAUUUACAGUCUAGAUUUUACAUUGAAAUCAAUAUCUUUCUUCUAAAAUUGAGAAACUUCACAGGAAGUCAAACUCUCCCCCCCCCCCCCCCCCCCCCCCAAAAAUUUUUUGAAGCCAACACAUUCUGGACCUUCUACUUCUGCUGUCUUCACUGCAGUAGUACAUUUAUCCAGAACGAGGUCCCUAUAGCUUAGAAGAUUAGAGCAGUGACCCUAGGUGAAUUACCCUUUAAAUCUGAUGUUCUGACCUGCCAGCCUUUGAUACAGGUGAAGAAGGGAAUGUACAAUUUGUCAUGGUUAUUUCUCUCCCCUCCCCUCUUAGAGAAACACAGUUGUGUGACUUAAAAAAAAAUAAUCAACCCAAAACCAUUUUAUCCGCUUUGGCAGAUUAUGUUUAUGCGAUACCUGCUUACAGUAACAUUUUCAAGCUUAUGCUCCUAAAGUUGGGGAUCAGGUACAUAAGGAGGCUAUUGCAAAAUAAGCUAGAGUAUGAAUUUAAAGUGCUCUAUUCUGCACUAGCUCCCCAUGCAGGGAUGGCAUGGUAUUUACCAGAGGGGGUUUUUACCAGGCAACCUCAUGGGGUUUACUGCUGCAAGCAAAAAAUCAGUCCCAGUUCAAGGUAUUUUCUAUUUUAAAAAUGGUUUCAUUAAUGCACACCACAUUACACUUAAUUUGAAUGUGCAACUAAAACUGUGGUUCCGUAAGCCAGUAGGUUUGGAGAUUUGAUUUGUACAACCCUAACAAAGUAAAACUGCAGGAGGUAUAAUAUUCAUAGAUGUAUUCUAGUACUGAACAUUGGAAUGUCUGCAUACGUUUUGGUUGGAAUUUUCUCAAGGAAGUUAUACGUGUCAUGACAUAUUUCAGUUUUCAGUAUUAUCUAAAUAUUAUGUGUACAGAAAACUCAUCAAGUUGCUAAACAUUUCAGUAAUUUGCAUUAGUAUAUUCUAAUACUAAUGUUAUUUUUCCCAGUUUAAGCCAGCAGGUACAGUGUCCGGUCCUAAACUACUGUUUCCCCAGGAAACUGCCAUCGCUGUCCCCAUGUGCACACUCUUAUUCUGCACCAAGGCUACAUCUGCUCUGCUACCAGGGUGUCAUUUGCAGCUCAUGCGGACAUACCCAAGCAGGCUUUAAUCCAGCUAGUUUGCUACAAGUAGUGAGGGGAUGGCAUCAGUGUCAGGGCUGCAUGCACCUGUCUGGCCCCCUUGGGUAUAUGCUUGCAUUUCUAGCCUGUACUGAAGCCCACGCUGCUGUGUCCCCAUUGCUGCUGGUCAUGGGGUAGCUAGAUUAAAACUAAGUGAGGAUACAUCUACAUGAGCUGCAAAUGAUCCACCCCCCCUCAUUGCAGCGUAGAUUUAUUUUAAGAGCAUGGAUUAAGCUAAGCCCCACAAAGGCACUUUUAGGGCAGAAUAAGAAAAUCCACAUGGAGAGCUAGUGCACAAUACCUAUUCCAAGCUUCUCUCCCCUCCACCCCCCUCCGUAUACAAGCCCUUAGGCUCCUACGAUCAUAUUUAGAUACUGAAAUGAAAGUGACCUGAUUUUCAGCAGUGCCGGGCACCUGAUUCUCCCAUUUUCCACAAAGGGAUUUUGGGGGGAAAAAACAAAAAUACAAACAAAAACACACAGGCCACUUUUAUUUAGGUGCCCAUGUUUGAAAAAUUAUGGCCUAACUGAUUUGCCCAAGCUCGAAGACUUGGCAUAAGAGCCAGGUUAGAACCCUGGGCUCCUAACUCCCAGUUUCAUGGUCUAAUCCCUAGCCCACACUGAGUUCUCUGAUAGAAGCACAUACUUGUCCUUUGCAAUCCAGCAUAAGAAUUGCUAGCCCAGUCUCUCAUUCUUCCUGCUAUUAUUGAUGUCACCUCAACACUUAGAGAACACCUUACGCUGUUCCCUACCUGUGUUAGAGCUGCAUUAAAGGCAAUUCUUAUCUCACAGUAUGGUGGACACAGAGUAUUUUACUGGUAUAUAGAGCUUUUAGGCUAAAGCAAAAGCACAACAAAAUGGUAACAAUCCCCAUGGCCGAGCCUCCAAAAAGCAACCACUUUGAACGAUCCAUCUAAAGGGGGAGAGUCUCACCCUCCAACUCCAACCCAUUUCUGCUAGACGAAAGGCUGGACAAGCCUCUGUUCUGACUGGGAGGUGGGGGAAGGAAAUUCCUCCAGUGCAGGAAUUGUGGAAGGCAACCAUAAAGCUACCUUGUGAGGAACCCCUUGCAAACCCAAACAUCUGGGACUAUAUAAAUUACGUUGCAGCCACAAGGCAGCCCAGGUUCAGCAGGGCAUAAAGGUGGCUUAAAAGUGGUCUCCCUCAGACUGCAAGUUGUGUGCUGCACCUCUUAGACCCACAGCACAGAAUCUCACCCAGAGUUUCUAGGACAACUUGUUUGGACUCUUGCUUUAAGACCACCUUGUUUUAGGUGGCCAGUUAUCAAUGACAACUCAAGUCCACUGUAUCCAUAGAGAAUGGGCUACAAAAUGGUGUUGACAACAUCCAACAUGCUUCACAAUAAAAAUCUGAUUUACUACUCAUUCCAGAGAGCUAGGUUCAAAUCGUAGAUGAGUGGGCCACUCUGGCAUUGUGUAAUAGUACCUUACUCCUUGUGUAGUCCACUGUAAUAGUGGGGACUAUGCACUCAGUAAGGUACUACUCAGUGAGAGGAAGGUGGCAGAAUCUGGCCUUAAUUGUUGAGGGUGAGAUUUUUCGGAAAAGCAUCUGAGUGAAUUAGUUAGAGCUCAGAUCCUCAAAAGAUAUUUAGGGGUUUAACUCUCGUUGACACCUAAAUACCUUUGAGGAUCUGGGCCUAAGUGUUCAACUCUUUUCAAUGGACAGAAGGUAUCUAACUCACGUGCUUUUGAAAAUUCCACUUAGAGAACUUUGCAAUAAGAUGUUGCAUGUCUGAGACUGAAACCCAGCAAGGAAAUACUAAGCCACCAACUUCCACCACUGAAAUAGUUAAGUUCUCGCUUUCCUUCAUCAUACAGGACAUUUCCAUUUUGUUCUCCUAUGACUAAAAACGACCGGAUAUAUUUUUGCCUUUGCUUUCCCUAGCUAGACCUAAUAGCUCUGUGAUAUACACACACUGAGUAGUACUGCAACAUGUUUCUAUCUGUAUCAGAACACAUCUGGAUGCAUUUCAGCAGAACUUUCAAGCUUGUCUUGAAGUACUGCCUUUUGAAAUUCUGUAGUUAAGACAGAUAAAACCAAACAUGCGUCUCUUUAAAAAAAUCAUUCAUGAAUAGGUGCCACGAGAAGAAUGUAAUUCAAAACCUGGUCUUUUGUUUCAGGUUGUUGUUGUUUUUUAAUUCCAGUUUUGAAAGUAAGUCAUGUUAAAGUUGUUCCUUUGAUACCAAACUAAACCAAGCUGUUACAUACUAUGUUCUAAAAUGUAAAUGCCAUUGUAGUAUGGGGCCUUGUGUUAAGUUACCAGUAAACACAAGUGAUUUUUUUGGUUGUGUGAUUUUUUUACCUAAUGUUGAAUUUAUUUUUUUAAUGUUUUGCAUUAGAACUUACAAAUAUUAAAUUAUUUCAUAUGCAAAGUU